AUGGUCCUAUUCGCUUUUAUACUUCUUUUAUUCAUCCUGCCAUGGUCGGCAAUUGCAGAAAUCCGUUACCGAGAGUGUGGGUUGGCUGGCAAAAGAGUGGAAGCCCAAGAUGUCCCAUGGCAGGCAGUGCUUCACUAUGGAAGUUAUGACAUAUGCAACGGAGUUAUCAUCAACAUCAAAUACAUACUUACUGCGCCGGACUGCGUAGCAGAUAAAAAAACCUCCAAUCUGUGGGUGUAUGUAGGCUAUACAGGUUCAUACACUGGAUCCAGAGCGAGAGUCUGCAAAGUAAUUAUACAUCCCGAGUCCAGCAAAACUAAGCAGGACAGCAACCUGGCCUUGUUGAAACUCUGCGAACCCCUCUUACCCUCUGAGGACAUUAAGGAAAUCGCGAUUAUCGACAAGCAGCCCCAAAAUGGGGCCCAAGCCUAUGUCUCUGGACGGGGAUCUUAUAACAAGUUGUUUGGGCGGUGUGGCAAGUAUGUUAUCCGAAGAAAAGAAGUGCAGCUGUAUGAUGUGAAGACUUGCGCCGCAGAGCGAAAGAAUUCGGCUCCCAACAUCAGCGUUACGGAUCUCAACAUUUGCACCGCCAAGAAGGAGAGGAUCUGCUCCUUCGACAAAGGAGCUCCAUUGGUCAUCGAUGGCAAGUUGGCGGGCCUAAUGGCCUAUGGUGAUUGUUCCACGGAACCAGAUGUCUACUUCAAUUUGGUCCAUCACAAGGAUUGGCUGCAAGCCAAUACAAAGGAACAGUAA